GCAAUGAAUGACGCAAGUGCAGAUAUAUCUAUGGGGUGUAGCUGGUAGCUGGUAGCUGCCAAGAUCCCCACUUUCCUUAUUUUCUUCUCCAUCUUUUCCUCACCACCUCCAUAUCCUCCAUCUACAUCGACAUUUACAUCCCCCAGUGAACCCGACGUAGACACCAUCCCAUCAACAUGCCUCUCACACCCUCUUCCGAUCCCCUGGUGUGGAUCGACUGCGAGAUGACCGGCCUCGACCCCUCUACCGACCACAUCCUCCAAAUCAGCUGCAUCAUCACCGACGCCCAACUGACCCCCCUCCACCCGGGCUUCGACACCACAAUCCACGUCCCCGACACAAUCCUCAAUUCCAUGAACGAAUGGUGCAUCACCACCCACGCCCGCACCGGCCUCACCGCCUCCGUGCGCGCCUCCACCACCACCCCCGACCAAGCCGCCUCCGCCCUCCUCUCCUACAUCAAGCAAUACAUCCCGGAGCCGCGCCGGGGCGUGCUCGCAGGGAACAGCGUGCACGCCGACCGGGCGUUCCUGGCGAGGGGCCCGUAUCAGGCGGUGCUGGAGCAUUUGCAUUACCGGAUUCUGGAUGUGAGUAGUUUUAAGGAGGGGGUUAGGAGGUGGGGUGGGGAGGAGCUGUUAAGGCAGGUCCCGGAGAAGAGGGAGGUGCAUUUGGCGAGGGAUGAUAUACUGGAGAGUAUUGAGGAGGCGAGGUUUUAUAGGGAGGUUUUGUUCAAGCGAUAGUUGUUCCUGGGGAGUGAGUUUGGGAGGGGGGAUGGGCAUGGGUAUGGGUUAUGGCCAGAUUGGAGGGGUAAUAUUGUCCACGCAGUCGUGCAUUGCAUGCUGUACUGCAGAUGAUAAGAUAUGACUGGUGAGAGAUGGGUGCCCAAUGUGACAAAUUACUCAGUAAAUCAAGAGUAAACAGAGAGAGAAGAGAAGACCCAAAAC